AUGGAAAAUAAUAACAAUAAUAAUAAUAAUAAUAAUAAUAAUAAUAAUAAUAAUAAUAAUAAUAAUAAUAAUAAUAAUAAUAAUAAUAAUAAUAAUAAUAAUAAUAAUAAUGUUAACAAUAAUAAUAAUGUUAAUAAUAAUAAUAAUGUUAAUGAUAAUAAUAAUGUUAAUAAUAAUAAUAAUAAUAACAAUAAUACUAUUAAUCCAAUUAACUUUUUAAAAAGAAAAUUAGAUACUGCCAAUGAAGUUUCCGCACAUGCUAAUGAAGUUUCCACAUAUGACAUAAUGUCCGAGAUUGACUCACUUAUUAAACAAAAAGAAGAACAUCAUAAAGAAACUAUUGAAGCAUUCCAAGUACAUACAAAUAUUUUAAAUGAAAAAAUAAUAGAAGUACAAAACAAAACUCAAUCAAAAAAAAAUAAAAUGUGCCAAGUUGUUUCCGAAAUUUUCGACAAAUACCAAUUAGCAUCAAACGAGAUGAUUCAAAUAAGUGAAAUUCAUGCAAGAAAUGUUCAAAGAAAUGAAGAAUUAGAAUUUCAUUUAGGUUUACACAGACAACACGGUAUAAUUAUGAAAAAUAGAAACAAAGAAAUUAAGGAAGCCAUUAGAGCAAAUCUAUUAAGAAUAGAAAAUUUAAAGAGGGACAUUCAAUUAGAAGAAACUGCCAAAGAAAACUCUUAUGGCAGAAUGGAUGAAUAA